AUGCAAACAGAGCAGUGAACCUGCAAUGGCCAUAUGUUGGCCGUUCUGCCCUCUCGAGUUUCGUUCGCCUCUUCUGUCACUCUGCAGGUCUUUCUGUCGGUCUGUCUGACCGACUGUCUAUCUGUCCUCCGUCCUCACCAACGUACACGGAUUUUCGGGGUGGGUAGACGGUAAUGAUGGUUGUAUAGGUUUACAAUAUCAUUUGUAUGGCCGUACGAAAAAGUGUGCGACAUUUACCGUUACAACAAAACCUGCACCACCUUUCCCACCCAUACUACCACCUAGUUACCCCGCUAAUCGCUCGUUAAGUGUGACAAUUAUGACCUUGAUCAGUGUUCGCCAUAUUGAAUGGAUUGUUUUUUACAUGUAUAUUAUGGAAAUCCACCGGUCGGAUGGCCUCAGUUCGCGUUUGGCGCUCGAUGUGAAAUCGAUGCUGAAAAGUUUGGCGCACGGGAGGAGAAAGAAUUGAAAUUUCUUAGGCAGUUUCAAAAAAUAUUUUUGAAGGAAACAGACGAACGUUUGCAAUACCGAGCGUCUGGUUAUUAAAUAAAUUUGAAAAAACGUAAGCGUUUGAACGCCGCGAUUCGCAAAGGGAAAUAAAUCGCAGUCUUUACGAUUCCCUAUACCGUAAAGUUCGCUGGCCACAAAGAUGAAAUACGCUACGGCGGUGUAAACUAAGUUUUCAUGAAAUAAACGAACACCUUAUACGGUUCUAGGUGUAUACGCCGAGCUGCGAAACUGAGAAAUUGUAGGAGAUAAAUUAAUAAAUUUAACGUAGGCUGAAAUUAGCUGUGGUUAACAUGAACGAGGAUGACUUAUCGGUGUACAGCUUCGAAGCCCGGGUCGGCUACCAAAUCGUUCUUUGGCCCAUCGUGUUACUCGGUGUUGCUGGAAACUUGACAGUUUUGUGGCGAGUCAGUUUUGGAGCGGGUAUCAAUUCUACGUUAAAACCACUCUACAGGAGCGCGCUUUUCUCGAUGAGUUUAUCCGAUCUCUUGCUGUUAUCUACUUCCGGUUACAACACUUUGGCGAAUAUGAUUCUCACCAACAUUCUUUGGGUACUUCCGGAGUGGGCAUGUACGGCUUUACCUUGUCUUCAAACAACAGCGGUCCUGGCGAGCUCGCUUACUUUGGCUGCUGUUGCUGUCACUCGGUACCGAGCCAUGAAACCAAAGUAUCCGCCACCAGCUGGACCCACUCUUCCUUUAAUUAUUAUCUUAUUUCUCAUGAUUUGGGGAAUUUCUAUCGCCGCGACUUAUCCCGUUCUUGGCCUCUACGACGUUCAAUCUCUGAUCGUCGUGACGGACGUCACGUAUUACAGGGCCUUCAUGUGCGUGACGAAGGAUCGCGACAAAGCCACAAUUACUUACGUCCUUUUGUACGCUGCGAUAUUUCUGCCGUUGGGAAUCGUAUUCGUCGGGGUCCACGUCUUGUUGGCUCUGAAAAUUAGGGGACGUCGUAUAAAACGCGGUGACAAGAUGAAUUUGGGAGCGAGUAGCGAUUCGCAAUUUACCGAAACCUCGACAGCCACAACCAGCACCGUGAGAGCCUCUUCGAUUGUCCGGAAACGCUCCGCGGUCUCGCCGCCAUUUUUACCGAGAAAACAGCGUACCGUGAAGGUGAUCCUUUGGCUAAUUGCUAUUUUUACAAUCUGCAGAUUACCCGUUUGGACAUUCACUGUUAUCAAAUUAUACGUGAGAUUAUCCGGGACGAUAUGGUGGCACGUUCAAGCAAUCGUUACCAUAUUGUCUUUGGUAAGCACAGCCGCUAAUCCGUUCCUCUACGCAUUUAUCAAUGAGGCGUUGUCAACCGUCACCUGGAUCAAAUCCUGGUGUUGCUCUGGUUCCAACGAGGCUAAUCUCAGCGAACACGAAACUCCAUCGGCAAAGUUCGGCAGCAAUGUUGCGAGCAUUAAAGUCCCCCGAGGUCCCUAUGCGCCGUGAGGUCUAUG